AUGGACGGAUCCGGGGCGCCAAAACGACCACCACAUAUAACAGUUAACUCGGGGAGCGGGGGAAAUCUAAUCGAGAGCAUGCGAUCCGCAAGCUCAGCGUCGUCCGUUCCAGGGACACCUGGAGCGUCACGCAAUUUAUUAACAUCCACGACGAGACCUGGAACCGCUCGAACGCACACGGGACAGUCAAGUUUAUACGCAACUCCAGAAAUCGCGGCUUCAGCGGAGAUGUUGCUUCCGCCAGCAAAGGCACGAGGUCCAAGACCGUAUUCAGAUUUCGAUAAUUCGUCACGGAAUGUAUCUGGCAUGUCCUCAAGAAGGACGAGUUUUGAUUCAGAAUCGGCUAGCAGAGACAGUCGUUAUUCGCCAUUCGCGUCUCCAUUCGAUGAUUCAAGAGCCCCCUCAAGAGCGGGGAGCGACGAUGACAACGUCAAUACCCAAACCGUAUCUGAGAAAUACAACAUCAUGCCAUCCGCAGGUCUUUUACUGUUUCCUGAAGACGUGGAAAAGGAUGACUGGUUACACAAUCCUGGCCCGAAUGAUAAUGAUCGAGAAAAAUGUGAUAUCUUCACCAAGAGAGGAAUGACGAACGUGGGAGGACUUAUGUUCGUCACUGUUGGCCUAUUAGUUUUGUUCAUUGCUUAUCCAAUUCUAACCGCUGUCAAAGCAGUUGCACCCCCUCGAACCGAAUGUGAAAUCAACGCCAACUGCCUCACGGAUCAAGCGCCUGCGAUGAAAAACCUGAAGCUGACUUUGAUUGACCCCGCUACACCCGAUGCGGAACGUACAAGAACGAAUAAGGAUGGAAAGACCUUAAAACUGGUGUUCUCUGACGAGUUUAACACUGCUGGAAGGACGUUCUACGAUGGCGAUGAUCCUUACUUUCAAGGCGUGGAUAUCUGGUAUGGUGUGACACAAGAUAUGGAGUGGUAUGAUCCGGAUGCCGUUUCGACUGGAAACGGGACUCUUAAUCUGAAGAUGGACGCUUUCCAAAGCCACAACCUCAAUUACCGGUCUGGCAUGUUGCAGUCAUGGAAUAAGCUUUGCUUCAAAGGGGGGCGACUAGAGGCAAGCAUAUCUCUUCCUGGCCGAGGAGACACUCAAGGUUUCUGGCCUGGUUUCUGGGCUAUGGGAAAUCUAGGACGCCCUGGUUAUCCUGCGACAACGGAUGGUCUUUGGCCAUACAGUUAUUGGGAUAAGUGCGAUGCCGGAAUCACUGCAAAUCAAAGCGCACCUGAUGGAAUAAGCUUGUUACCCGGAAUGAGGCUUCCCGCAUGUACGUGUGCAGGCGAAGACCAUCCAACUCCUGGGAAGUCGCGGUCAGCGCCCGAAAUUGAUGCGCUUGAAGCCAGUUCUGGCUUCAUAGGACCCGGGCAAUACGACUUGGCUGUCGGGACAGCUUCUCAGUCCUUCCAAGCAGCACCAUUCGACAUUUUUUAUCAGCCAGACUACGAAUACUUGGAGAUAUACGAUAAGCAGAUUACCGGAAUGAACGUCUACCGUGGAGGUCCAUACCAAGAGGCUUUGUCUGCCGUGACUUGGCUCAAUAACGAGUGGUAUGAUGGUGCUGCUUAUCAGAAGUAUGGGUUUGAGUACACGCCUGGCAGUACCGGCAAUAUCGAUUGGUUCGUUGGGGACCAAUAUACCUACAAAAUGGACCACCGCGCUCUCCGUCCUAACGGAAAUAUUGGUCAGCGAAUCACACCAGAAGAGCCUAUGACCAUCAUUGCGAAUUUUGGCAUGUCAAUGAGUUUCGCUCAGGUGUUCCUACCCAACUUGGCGAAACUGAUGCCAGCAACCAUGAGGAUCGAUUACAUUCGAAUUUACCAAGAUCCUGACGCAAUUUCUGUUAGUUGUGAUCCACCAGGAUAUGCAACCACUCCAUACAUUAAAAAACAUGCAGCUGUGUACAACAACCCGAAUUUGACAUUAUGGAGCCAGACUGGUAAUACAUGGCCUAAAAACACACUGGUCAACGGUUGUUCGGCGUAG